AUGGCGGGUGAGGGGGACCCGAAAAAGUCGUUUCAGCUGCUGGGAAUACUUGAGGUUGGAACCAUCCCCUGUUUUCGGGAAUCAGUGCUGUAUGGGUCACUGGGUGCUCUAACACUGGGACUUGGACACUUCUUAGCAACUAGUAGAGUGAGACGAUCUUGUCACUUUGGAGCAGGAGGCUUUAUCAUGACAACAUUAGGAUGCUGGUUCUACUGCCGUUAUAAUAACGCAAAACUAAGGAUCCAGCAGCGAAUAAUUCAAGAAGGGAUGAAAAACAGGAUUAUGUUUGAAGGCACGCAGUUUGAGCCAGAGAAGCAAAAAACAAGCAUUGGAAAAAGUCAUUGA